GUCGCUUUGAACGUUUGUAAUUUUGUCAGCGCGCUCUUCUCCUCGCUGAUGGUGUAGUAUCAUUAUACUUUUUUCACUACUACUCUAUACGAACGAUACUUGUGUGAUUAUUAUUGUUGUAGUAUCUAAUAUUUGUGUUGUACUUGGUACUAGGCGUUCAAAGAACAUAGAACACAGAAGAACGUUGACGCUCUCUCGCCUUAGCUGCUGUUUAACUUGAAUAAUUGUGAGUGGAGUGUUUUGUUUUUAUUCCUCGCAAAGACGCUUUGAUUUCGAACGCUUAAAAAAAUACUACGGAACAGCUUGUUUGUUGUGUGACGCGCGCUUUACUGGAUAUAAAAGUUGAUUCAGAAAGUAAUCAUUGAUUAGCAUUGACAAAUAUAUAUUUACGAGCGUUCAUAACAGUAGCGCUGCGAAAGUGGUUCUUGAAAUAGAAAAAAAAAUAAAGAAAAAAUAGUCACUCGCAAACGGAGGCCAGCGCGUGAAGACCGUUCGAAUAUAUAGACAUUAUAAGUAUACUUGCUGUGUUGGGACCUAUCGACGUCGUCUAUAGGAGAUUGUGUCCACUGACACCUGAAAUUUACUCAAUACACAUACAAAAGCCGGCGUGUUGUGUACGUGUGUAACGGUCACGCAAAAAAGCACAAGAGCGCGCUGAGUGGUCACGACAACGAGGCUAUCGAAACGAGUCAAACAAGAGACGGGGUCUUGAGAAUUGUGCUGAUGUGUGUGUGUGUGCACGUACAAGAGGAUGGAAGAUAAAAUUCAUCAUCAGCAUCGUUUUUGGAAGAAUCCAUGUGCGACGCACCUACAUUGUUGUCGUCUGUAUGAGAGUCUGGCUGAUCUGAAUGGUCACGUGUUCUAGUUGAUACUUUUCUAGUAGAUCAACACUUGCAAUGCGACCAAUUCUUCUGGUUCUCUGGUCCAACAGAAACGGUUGUUCAUUGAUAGGAACGUUCCUUUCCUUUGGACAAGUGCAAGAAGAAAAAUAAAUAUACGAAAUCUUUCAAACUGAUAACACAAAAGAACAUCCUGUUGUUCUAUAACGGAUCUAAAAAAUCAAAGCAUAAAUUCGAAAGAGGAAAAUCAGCAAAGCAGAAGGAAUUAUUAUUAUUCUUAAAACAAAAAUAUUUAAUUAAUAUAGCAACAAAAUGCCUACAAUAAGACGUUGCUGCAUAGUGGGCUGCCUUUCUAAUUCACGACAAAGCCCACAACUGCAGUUCUUCCAAUUUCCACGCCCGGAAAACCCGUUCUAUGGUCUCUGGAAGCAGGCAUGUCAUGCUUCGCUCAAUCGCAUUUUACCCUUCAAAAAGCCAGUUGUAUGUGCACUACACUUUCAUCCAAAUCUUAUAGGCGGCCGAAGAUUAACAUCAUCAGCUGUACCAUCCCUACGCCUAGAUGUACCCAAUGAUUUGAAAGCUGUCGAACAACAAGCAAUGGUUGAGGAAAUAGAGAGAAGCCGUAAAUGUGCAUACAUCAAUGCAGUUGUUUAUGAAUGGUUAGUACGUGCCAACUUGAAUCCCCAACUUCGUGGUUCCAUAACACACGGGAUGAUUAAGGAAAAAGCCGCUACAGCAGGACAACUCGUGGGUUCAACCUCAUUUGUCGCUGACAAUCGUUGGCUGAAUAGAUUCCGUGAGACACAUUUAAGCGGCUUUGCACAAAAAUUAGCUAGCAAUCAAUUGAAACCACUCGGCGUAUCAUUGUGGAUUCCCGAUAUUGUGCAAGAUCUGCAGCAUCUCUUUCCGCCAACUAGUGCUGAACGUGUAGCGAAAUUAGAAAGCCUCCCUGAACAGUAUAUGGACUAUAUGCAACAGUAUGGUGAAUAUGAAGAGGACGAUGAUCAGGAUUCACAGGGUGCAUCCCUAAAGGACCAGCAACAGAGCCAUGCUGGAUAUGACGCAUAUGGUCAACCAAUACCAAAUUACAAUGGCGGUUAUGACAGCUAUGAGGGAUACUACGAUCAACGUCAAAACCAGCGUAGUAAUUAUAGUUCCCCACAACCCCAACGUCCUGCCUCGAAUUCGCCACCAUUGCAACAGCUACAAAAAUUAGCCUCUCCAGCAUAUCGUGCCAGCCCAAUACUACAACCGCCUGCAAAACGACCUCGUUCCAGCGACGGUGAAGUCAGCGAAAUAACAGCAACAAAUGGUAAUAACGUAACCGAUUUGACUAGCGAUUGCGAAGUAAACGAUUGUGAUGUUAAGCCAAUUAAACUCAAUGGUACAGUAACACCAACAUCAAAUGGUACUAAUGGCCACACACCAGCUGCUUCGCCGAAACCCACAAUGAAUGGUACUACAAAUGGUAAUAGUGUUGGAACAAAUGGUAAUACAAAUGGUAUUACCAAACAUGCGGAUAUCGAACUGUCAUCCUACACACAAGCGCUCGAACACCUUAAACCUUUGGAGGAGUUUGCACUUUCAAGAGAGAAUUUCCGCGCAAUCGGGUUAAUAUCACAAUUAGAGGUGAUAUUACGAAAAGGUGAAAAUAAACAUUUGGCGGCGGUGCUGAAAUAAGCAUUAUUCAGCUGCAAAAGACGUGUUUGAAGAGCAGAUGAGAUAAAAGGAAUUAUAAGCUAAUUUCUAAUACGUUGAUGUGAUUUAAGUUUUGUAAAUAAUUUGUAAAACUAUUUAGUAUUACUAGAGAAUAUAUGCUUAAUUAAUUGUUAAUUGAAUAAUUCUUUGCUUUUACAAGAAAAUUAACAACUAAAAUACAGAAAUAAAUGUAUAUAAAAUGUAAGGAAACUUUAUUCAAUAUUUAACUAAAAAUACUGCAUAGCAAAAAAUGCCGAUGUUAAGGUAUUUUAUUUAUUACACAAAUAAAAAAUAUAUUCAUUCACAAGA